CUCACAGGUGUUUCAGACUAUUGAACGAUAACAUAGUGGAUGCUCCACGUCCUUAAGGACGAGAGUAACGACAAAAAGAAUUUCAUUAGCUCGAGUUACAUGGCUGAUGUUUAUUAUGACGAAAGCGGUUCUUUAGAAAUGGCUACGAAAUUGUUCGGAGCAAAAGUUUCCGAUACUUCAGGAUUAAAACCUAUGAUAGAAAACACAUACGGUUCAUUCGAAGGUUUAACCGUAAAAGCACGCGAACAAGGAAACUGGAAGGCAAAGUUUGAUUUGAGCUUAGCCUACAAAGUGGGUAUUCCUGAGUUGAAUGUUGAGAAAGAUAAGGACAAACAAAUGGGCUGGCUAGAGUCUUCUAUUGACGAAGGUAAUGUCAAACCAGCUGCAGUACACGAACUUGGAACACUUUAUGACAUCAAAGGAACUGUUUCUCAUCAACGCAAAGCACAUGAAUUGUACCACAAAGCUGCAAAAUGUGGUGUUGUUGAAGCUGAAUUGACUUUGGCUCAGUCAUACAUGUAUGGUGUAGAAGGAGUCGUUGACAUGGAUGUGGAAGAGGCUUUCAAGUGGUAUAGAAAAGCAGCCGAUGAAGAUCAAACAGUAAACGUUGUCCCAGAUGAAGAUAUUUCUGAUUAUGCACUAAUGAUGACAGGCACCUCACGAAAAUUGUCGGUCGAUAUGAAGAUGAAAGUUUUGGCGAUUCUGUAUGAACACUACAUUGCAGGUGACUGCCCAGAGGGUGAGCCACAACCGCUCAAAGCAAUCCAUUAUCUCAAGAAAGCUGCCGAGGUUGGUCAUAGAGAAAGUCAGACAAAACUUGGGCAAACCUACCUUACUGGUGUCCAAGGAGUACCAAAAGACCUAAAGAAAGCAAAGAGAUGGCUUGGAAAGGCUGCUAAAAAUGGUUGCACUGAAGCUAAAGAGAUUCUUGAAAAGUUUGAUAAUCAAGGGAUCAUUGAAGCUGUACUACCUGCAGAAACAGAACCAGAUGAGCAGCAUUUGAAAAAUUCUGCAAGGCAGUAUCUUGACAUUCUUAAAGAAGAAACUGAGCAAAGCAACCAUCACCCAUAUUUGAUUAAGAAUCCACUGAUAUUCACUGAAUCAAUGUUCACUCAAUUCCCAGACUCACCCACUGCACAAAGAUAUUUGAAAGCAUUUAAAUUAGCAGAAGAAGGCUUCAGCAAAUUCCAAGGAGGCAAUAACUUCACCGAAGCAGUAAAACUGAUGGCAUGCAGUUAUCUCUAUGAAAACACUGUCAUUCAAUCAUUUCCAUUAUUUAAAAUGCCAAAAUUUCGGAAUGAAAUCCUCUCAAAGAUAUUUGAAGAGUUAAAGAUCAACGGGGAGUUUUUUGAAGGAUUAGUUCUCCUGGUCCCACUUUACACAAUACCUGUAGAAGCACCAACUGUCAACUUUGAAAGUUUCAAAAUUGACUUUAAAAAGACAAUGUUUUUGAAGAAUGUUAUUCAUUUGAUUGAGAAGAAGUGGCCAAAACUAUCUCCAAGUGAAAGCAAUGGCAAUUUUGAAGAGAGUUAUACUUGUUGGGUGCAUGCCCUUUACGAUUUUUUAGGCUCACUUUAUACAGUAGGGAAAAGGUAUGAUGAAGGUGCACAAGCAUUUGAGAAAGCUAUCAAAUGUUGCCCUACCAACUUUGAAGCAAAAGCAGGAUUUGCAUUCUGUAUAAUGAACAUUUAUUUUUCUAUUUGGCCAAAGAAAGAUCAGAAAGUUUUUAAUACUAAAGAUCAAAAGCCUUAUGGACCAGAAGCCUGUCAGAUUGUCGAUUAUAGUAACAAAAGACAAGCCAAGAAUAGCUACCUCACAUGGGAAGCAAUUGAUUUAAGAAACAAAGCAGAGCAACUAUUUCUUGAAUACCUGAAUGAAGCACCUCCCUGUGACAAGAAGUAUCCAAACUGCCAUUACCACUUGGCUUUCCUUUAUAUGGAAGAGGGCAACAAAAAGAAAGCCCUUGAGUGGAAGGAAAAAGGAGAAGAUGCAGAGGAGAAACGUCUUCCUUUCAUGCAACCAGUUGCAAUAGAUUCAAAGAAAUUUCUUUUGGAAUUAGAUUACCUUCCUACACAAAAGAAAACUAGUGUAACAAUAUGUAGCAAUACAGAUUGCUCUAGUAAAACAGUAGAGCAACUAAAGCCAUGUCCAUGUCAACAAGUGUCCUAUUGUGGAAGAGAUUGCCAGAAACAAGAUUGGAAGAGACAUAAGAAGAUGUGCUCAGCCAAAUCAAGCAAAAAAAAGGUCAAACCAAACUGAAACCGAUUGAACAGAAACUAUACAAUGUAAUUAAGUUCUCAAGAGUACUAAAACUUUUGGUGUUGUCUCCUUCACUUUUUCCUGCACCAGAUUGAAAGUAAUCCUGAAGCUAGAUGACUGGUGAGCUUGCAAUGAUAACUUUCAAGAUAGAGAGAAUCAUUGCUAGUUUUUCAAAAACUUCUGAAUUUGCAGCAAUCAAAUCUGGUUGUAAGCAUGACUGAGGUUAGUUUUUAGUAAAUUAUUAGAAGACAAGGUUGCAUCGCAUUGUUACCAAUUUGUUUUAUUCAAUUCRCUAUAUCUAUGAUUUACAAUUAUAGAGUAUGACAUAAUA